GUUGAAAUUCACUACUAUUGUAUAAGAUAAGCAAUGCAGACGGUGUGAAAUUUAGCAUUUAAAUUCUCGUUUUAAUCAGUGACUAUUUUUCAUGGGUUCCACUUUUAUGGCUUAUCGACCCUAUCCUUGUGAAGCUUCGCGAAUCUUGGAGAUCUCAAAAGAAGCUUAUGUUCAAUGUACAUAGUAGGCAGAAUACUCAGCCGAAACUUUUCAGCAACUUCCCUAGUAACGAACAAAUCUAAAGAAAGAACUAUCGCGACUUAGAGACCUACUCAAAGACGUUGCGCAAUCUUUACAUUGAAACGUUCGCCAAAAAUACCUUCAUAUCAGAAAAUUAUUUCCAAAUCGGCAAGAGAAAAAAAACGAUCGAUCACUCGGUACCCUGUCCCAAACGACGUAAUCUACCGAAUUUCAACACCCUCCUUGCAUAUCCCCAGCCGACGACACCCCUUCAAAACCAGCAUCUAAACACCCCCCUCGAAGGGUAAAAACACCACGAAAAUGGCCGGAAUGGACAAAAACCUCAACGAGCUCCUAAAAUGGGGCAUCGAAAACUCAGCCGCGCCCGACCCCUCCGCGCCGGAGACCUCAGGACCCAAAACAUCUCUAAACGCGGAAGCGCUAGCGGCAAUCAUGGGCGCGCCGUCAGACGCGGAGUUGAUGCAGGCUUCUAUGGCGGCGAUCACGUCGAAGGACCCGGAGAUGACGCUGGAGUCGAAGCUAACGGCGUUCGAUAACCUGGAGCAGCUGGUCGAGUCGCUUGACAAUGCGAACCUAUUGUCGCGGCUGGGGCUGUGGACGCCGUUGCUUGAGCUGCUGGGCCACGAGGAGGAUCAGCUGCGGCUGAUGGCAGCCUGGUGCGUCGGCACCGCCGUACAGAACAACGCUCCUAGCCAGGAGCGUCUGGUUGCGCUUGGUGGUGUUGAGAAGCUGGUCGCUAUGGCUCUUGGCGAGCGGUUGCCUAUGGAGAAGCGCGCUGGGGACGGAGAGGAGACGACUGGGGAGGCGGUCGCUGCUGCUAAUACCAAUGGGGGAGCGGCGAAGGAUGUGCGUCGCAAGGCUAUUUACGCGCUUAGCUCCGCGGUGCGGAAUUACCAACCCGCGUUAGAUGUCGCUGCGAAAGAAUUGCGGAAGAGAGGUGAGGAUGUUCAGGAGGGGAUGGAUGCGACAGACAUGGAUGCGCUAAAUGAGUUGAUGAACGGGUUGAAGAAUAAGGCUUUAAACGCAUAGAUACCUCUUGACGGUUAGGGGCAUGAGGGAAUAGGAGGAUAUCUUCAUGGCAUUAUCGGCGUUGGUGGGUACAUCCGGUCACUAAAAAGGGGUUUAGGCAGUCACGAUAUACUUGGGGGGAGUCACGAUUGCUGAAUGAUGAAAUGGGAAUUACAUCGUCUACUC